AAUCUCAAGUCUUUUUAAAAUCAAUUGAUAUUUAGAUUACGAAUAAAACAAAAAAUCAAGUCAAAAGUCUUUUUAAAAUCAUGUUCUUAUUUAGAUUACGAAUAAAACGAAAAAUCAAGUCAAAAGUCUUUUUAAAAUCAAUUGAUUUCUCACAUUGACUUCAUGUAAUCAUAAAUUCACAAUCAUUUAACUUACGAAAAUUGAUUUACUUGAUCAUCCGAUUAAUUACAACAAGAGAUGGCCUCAUCAAUUGAAAUAAUGGAAUCAAAUCUCACAACAUCAAAGAAUCAGGAGGAGAAAUGCGAGUUAAAGCCCGAAUUUGACGAUAAUGGCAGUUUAAAAGACGAUGGCGAUUAUCCCAGUGGAGAAUUUGAGUUUAAAAAACCAGGUGCUUGGAAGAGCUUCGUGGUGAAGCUACGCAUGCUAACUGUUUAUCCAUUGCAACGUGUUCGCAAAGGCAGCGUUCUGAAUAUCAAAUUGCGCGGCAAGAUAACUGAUCAAGUGAAGGGUCGUUUCUCUUCAGGAUUAUCCCUACCUCAAAUCUGUGAAAACCUAAUUAAGGCAGCAUAUGAUCCUCGUAUAUCUGGUGUUUAUCUCCACAUUGAAACCCUGAAAUGUGGAUGGGCGAAAAUUGAAGAAAUUAGAAGGCACAUACUGGAUUUUAGGAAGUCAGGAAAGUUCAUUGUUGGUUAUGCACCUGUAUGGCAUGAAAAGGAGUAUUACAUUGCCUGUGCUUGUGAAGAGCUGUAUGCCCCUCCAAGUGCUUACUUUUCUUUGUAUGGUUUGACUGCUCACGCAUCAUUUAUUGGAGGUGUACUUGAGAAAGUAGGAGUUGAACCACAAGUAGAGAGGAUUGGUAAAUACAAGAGUUUUGGUGAUCGACUAACUCGCAAGAAUAUAUCUGAAGAAAAUCGCGAGGUGCUUACAACAUUAGUAGAUAAUAUCUAUGGGAAUUGGGUUGAUAAGAUUUCUCAAGCCAAAGGAAAGAAAAAGGAAGAUAUAGAGAGUUUUAUCAAUGAAGGAGUUUACCAAGUAGAAAAGUUGAAAGAAGAUGGAUGGAUAACUGAUAUAAAAUACGAAGAUGAGGUUACAUCUAUGCUGAAAAAGAAAUUGGGCAUUGCAGAGAAGAAAAAACUUCCACUUGUUGCUUACAAGAAGUACUCUAAAAUUAGAAAAUGGAGUUUGGGGUUGACAGGUGGCACAGAUCAAAUUGCAGUAAUCAGAGCUUCGGGUAGCAUUAGUCGUGUAGGAGGCUCAUUUUUUGAACCUAAUUCAGGUAUCAUUGCUGAGAAAUUCAUUGAGAAGAUUCGCAAAGUAAGAGAGUCAAAAAGGUAUAAGGCUGUUAUUAUCCGAAUUGAUAGCCCUGGUGGUGAUUUUCUUGCUUCUGACUUGAUGUGGAGGGAAAUCAGUUUAUUGGCUGAAUCUAAGCCUGUGAUCGCAUCAAUGGUUGAUGUUGCAGCUAGUGGAGGAUACUACAUGGCCAUGGCAGCACAAACUAUAGUCUCAGAGAAUCUUACUUUGACCGGGUCAAUUGGUGUUGUUUCAGCUAAGUUUAAUUUUGGGAAAUUAUACGAAAGAAUUGGUUUCAACAAGGAAACCAUAUCAAAGGGACAAUUUGCUGACAUGUAUACUUCUCAUCGGUCAUUCAGACCUGAUGAAGAGAAACUUUUUUCUGAAUCUGCCCAAAAUACUUAUAAACGGUUUCGUGACAAGGCAGCAGCUUCAAGAUCCAUGAGUGUGGAAAAGAUGGAGGAGAUUGCUCAAGGGAGAUUAUGGACUGGUGAUGAUGCUGCUUCAAAGGGUUUAGUUGAUGCAAUUGGAGGCUUCUCACGCGCUGUGGCUAUAGCCAAACACAAGGCCAAAAUACCUCAACACAAAAAGGUUAGAUUGGUUGAGGUGUCAAAACAAUCACUUUCUUUACCACAAAUCCUGUUCCGCAUGAUGACAUCAGCAACAGGACUAAACCAUCUGAAGGAUGGAUUGAUAUCAAGUGAUGGGGUGCAAGCGCGUAUGGAUGAUGGGAUCAUGUUUCAGGGAUCAGAAGGAUCUUCGCUUGCAGUUGCAGACCCUAUUUUCAAUCUGCUGAAAGACUACCUGAAUUUUGUUUGAUCUUAAGUGAUGGGGCACUUGGUAUAUUUUCCUUGUUACACAUUAAUCUGUAACUCUUCAUAAAACCUUAAUUAAUAAUCUUGACAACGUAAAAGAAACUAUUCAAAAGAAAUAAAAGGGGUUUCCUGCAUCACUUUAGUUAGCUGUCUCGAGUUGAGAUAGAAGCUGGACAAACGUAUCCACAUCCCUCAUCGACGUUCCAUCCUUAACUGCCUUGCUGGCUGCUUGGCUUAGCUUCUUCACUUUAACUACUCGCUGCUCCGCCUUAUAUCUCCCACUCACCGACUCAUCCAACAACCGAGCCAACUCAACCGAGUCAGGAACACUAUCGGGUGCAUCCUCACAAACUCGUUUCCCAACACCCAACUCGUCAACCAAUAGCUUAGCAUCUACAUACUGAUCUGCACCCAUUGGCCACGUCAGCAUCAUCACACCCGCUGCAACUCCUUCCAGCGUCGAAUUCCACCCGCAAUGACUCACAAACGACCCAACAGCCCUAUGUCGCAGUAUCGCUAACUGUGGGGCCCAACCUUUGACUAUCAACCCUCGACCACUCACCCAAUCUUCAAACCCACUUGGAAUGGAGCCCGAUUUGCUUCCCUUUGCACACAAGAUAAAAUUAAUAUUGCUUAACUCUAAAGCUCCUAUAAGUCCACCCAUUUGCUUCUCGCUUAAUGUGGUUUGGCUCCCAAAGCAUAUAUAUACAACAGAGUCAUCGGGUUUGUUGUCUAACCACAUGAGCAGGUCGUUAGGUGGCACCACACUCGACCCACCACGUCCAGUGCCAUGAUCAUCGGGAAGCAACGGGCCAACUGCCCAAACCCGAUCAUGACCCAUUUGUUUCUUCAUGUGAUCAAUGUACACCCCUUCCAACUCUUCGAAUGUGUUGUAUAUGAUUCCCCAGCUGCUCAUGUUAGCCAACAUUCCAUUCCUGAAGGAUUCGUAAUGCGGUUCUCCUUUCUUAAAAUUUUGUGACACGGGGAGCAACUGCCAUAGAGGAAACUCCGGCGAGUUUGGGAUUUCCGGGAAAGAAAGCGAAAACUUUUGAUCUUUAUCGGCAUUAAUCUCCUCCACGUCUUGCCACAACGUUUGUAAAAUGGAAGAACUAAGAACGCCUGAAGGUGAAAACACAAUGCGCUGGAUGCCCAGGUGGGAAGCGAGUUCACUAGUCCACCCGAGAAAGAAGUCAGAGACGAUGGCCAUCGGCGGCGAAGGGUGGGAUCUGAACCAUUUAACGAUGGGAUCAAACAGUUUCUGUGUGGAAAUUACUUUGGCAAUAAGGGGAUCAGGGAAUGGGGUGAUCUCUGGAUCAUCGAAAAGAAGCUUGUGGAGAGAAGAUGGAUGGGAGGAGUGGAGAGGGUCGAGUAGUGGGAGGUUGGUGGGGGAGAUGACGACGGUGACGGUUAGGCCACGGCGGAGGAGGAGGUCGGUGAGGUCGAGUAAGGGAAUGAUAUGGCCGGAGCUAGGAAAAGGGUAGACCAGUAAAUGUGUUGAGUGCCUCAUGUUUCAAGGUUCGAUGGUCGAUAGAUGUUGAGGGGUGGCGAAAGAAAAUGCUUUAUUCUGUGAUCUCGUGGAUUGGGUAAAUUAAUAGUAUACUUUUGUAACUAAUUUAGCAAGAUGUUAGGACUUCUAGUUAGAGACUUGGUGUACGGAAUCUUAUUUUUUUAAGGUAAUCUCAGAAGUCAGAAAUAAAACAAAAAAAAAAUGUUAAGAAUGUUUAAGAUUUUUCAAAUGUAUGUGUAAUAUUCUUAUAAUAUAUUUAACCUAAGUGUUAUAAAUGUAAAAUUU